UGUGUAUAUAUAUAUAUAUAUAUAUAUAUAGUCAUGACUGGAUUACAAAGAUUACAUUACUUGAAUUGAACUCACCAGAACAACAAUGCAGAGUAGUACUAGCAAUGUAGGUCAUAGCAACACCAGCUCUCUGGUUCCAACUGGUAAUGGGUCUUAUAGAGGAGUUAGGAAAAGGAAGUGGGGGAAAUGGGUUUCAGAGAUUAGAGAGCCCGGAAAGAAGUCCAGAAUUUGGUUAGGGAGCUUCGAAACGCCGGAAAUGGCAGCGAUUGCUUACGAUGUAGCUUCAUUGCACCUUAGGGGACAUGGAGCAAGGCUUAAUUUUCCAGAAUUGGCGAAUGCUUUGCCUCGACCGGCUAGUUCGAGUGCUGAUGAUAUUAGAGCAGCAGCUCAUGAAGCAGCAAUAAGGGAAAACAGGGGAACAACAACAACUGAAGUGGGUAGCUCCAGUUCUAAUCCAGUUCCGGCCAAUAUUAGGCUUUCACAGAGUCAAAUUCAGGCUAUUAAUGAGUCACCAUUGGACUCACCCAAGAUGUGGAUGGAGUUAGCUGAAGCUUUAUUUCAUGACCCAUCUAUGGGUUUUCCUGAUGAUCAGGUUGAGAUGAGUGAUGAUUGGGAUGAUAUGCAAGAUGAUUCCCUUUGGGGGUCUUAGAGAUUAUUAUUAUUAUUAUUAUUAUUUUGUAGUAGAUAUUAUAGUAUUAACUCUUCUGACGUGGAGUGACCAAUCUCCUGUUUUUUAAGAGGGAUUGCUUGUACCCCAGUUGGUAUUUGUUUUGAGAUGAUAUCCAUUGGGGGGCUUAUUUGCCUCGCCCUUGCCCUUUUGUAUUUGUGGAGGUGGAGGUUGGGGGGCUUAUUUGCCUUGCCCUUGCCCUUUUGUAUUUGUGGAGGUGGAGGUUGGUGGAAUAGUAGGGAUUGUGUAUGCGUAUGUGUA